CUCUAGUAGUUCAGGAGCUACUAAUAACAAAGAUGAAAGUGAGGUUGAAGAUAAAUCAGUUAAAAGGAAAAGAGAUAGAUCGGUUAGUAAUAAGCUAUCUGACCUAAAGCCUGAUCUGACUAAACAAUGGGUUAGCCAAUCAUGGGACAUAAGGCAAAAGCUGAUUUUAGCUAUUACAAAAAAAUUACCAGGAUAUCCAACAAUAAAUGCUAAUCCAAAAUUAAAGGCCUACAAUCGCAUCAGAAUAGAGAAAAAUAGUAAGAUAAAUGAG